AUGAGGCAUAGGUGGGCAUUGAUGAGAGAUUUCAAUGCUAUCAAAUGCAUUGAGGAGGUUAAAGUUGUUGGUAGGAAGGUGGUCAUCGACCAGAGCAUGAGAGAUUUUGCUGAUUUCAUGGACUCAACUGAGCUCACAGACCACUCUUUUAUAGGCUGUUGCUUUACGUGGAGCAACAAACGCCAAGAGGGAUUCCAAGCUAGGAAGAUCAAUCGAGUCCUUGUUAAUGAAAAAUGGUUUCGGGAAGAGAUAGCAUCUACUAUAGAAUUCCUCCCUCCUGGUCUCUCUGAUCACUGCCCAGCUAUGUUGAAGUUUGGCGAAAAGGAGAAUGCAGGUCCCAGACCAUUCAAAUUCUUUCACUUCUGGACAGAACACUCGGGGUAUAUGGAGCUUGUAGAGAGAGUCUGGUUAAACACUCAAGAGGGUUCCCCUAUGGAUGUGCUAUAUAAGAAGUUGAGAAACCUCAAGACGCAUCUUAGGGAUUUCAACAAAACUGAGUUUGGGAACGUGCAUGCGCAGGUCACUGACAUACAACACGAACUUGCCCGGGUUCAAUCCACUUUGAUGGAUAGUGCCUGUGAGUCCCCUGAAGCUAUCAAAAAGGAAACGGACUUGAGGGUAAAGCUACUAGCCGCACUUGACAGAGAGGAGAAGCUUCUGAAACAAAAAUCUAUGGUGGAAUGGCUAAGAGUAGAAGAUCAAAACACCUCAUUCUUUCACAAAGCAGUAAGGGGUAGAAUGACUCAAUCCACCAUAAGAGUCCUCUACCCCAAUUCGGGUGCCAAGCUAGAAGGAGUGCAGGAAAUUAAAGCUGAAGCAGUAAAAUUCUUUGAGGGUCUUCUAGGGACAAAGGAUGAAUGUAUUGGGGGGGUCUUGGCUUCUAAGCUUUCCUCCAUCCUCAAGAGGAAAGUUCCCCUCUCCAAAUAUCAGUUGCUCCUCUCACCUAUAGAAGAUGAGGAGAUCAAAAAAGCCUUAUUCUCUAUGGGAAUUCUUCGAAGGGACGUAAAUUCGACUAUCAUUGCCCUUGAUCCAAAGAAGGGAAAAGCUGACUUGAGGAACUACCAUAGGCAUGGAGUCUCCCCUCGCUGUGCUAUCAAGAUAGAUCUUAUGAAGGCCUUUGACUUCUUAAGCUGGGAUUUCAUUCUCAACAGCUUAGAAGUCAUGGGAUUUCCCCCUAUUUUUCUUUGGUGGAUAAAAGGAUGCAUCUCCUCGCCUUAUUUCUCUGUGGCGAUUAAUGGGUCCCUAGCUGGAUACUUCCUAGACCAACGAGGAGUCAGACAAGGAGACCCACUAUCCCCUUAUCUUUUUGUUAUUGCCAUGGAGGUGUUCUCUCAACUUAUGGAAUCGGCUGCAAUUGAAGGUAAAAUCGACUACCAUCCAAGAUAUAAGCCACUUAAACUAACCCAUCUAUGCUUUGUGGAUGAUCUGCUGCUUUUCACAAAUGGUUCUAAGGAGUCCAUCACUGCCAUUCUUGAUUUACUGAACACUUUUUAUCAUUGGUUUGGUCUGAAGUUGAAUCCUGAAAAGUCUGAGAUUUUCACGGGAGGAAUCUCUGAUGAAUAUGUUACUGACCUGGUGAUUGGAUCUGGUUUUAAAAGAGGUAUGUUGCCUGUGCGUUAUUUAGGUCUCCCUCUUGUCUAUGGGAAAUUCUCAUCUAAGCAUUGUGAAGCUCUUACAAAGAGAAUUGUGAAAAGAAUCAGGAGCUGGUCUGUGAAGCACCCGUCUUAUGUAGGCAGGGUGCAGUUGAUCAACUCAGUUCUCUUCAGCAUGGCUAAUUACUGGUGCUACCACUUCAUUCUCCUGAAAAAAGUCAUCAAGUUAGUGUAUCAGAAAUGUCGAUCCUUCCUUCGGAAAGGUCUCGAGCAACAUGCAAGUGGGAGCAAGAUCAGUUGGGAGACCGCUUGCCUUCCCAAAGCUGAAGGAGGUCUCGGUAUCGAGGACUUGAGUUUGUAG